GUGCUGUAACGUCGUGACGUUGUCGGAUUGUAACUUUCCAACACCCCCACCCCCAGCUCAAGGCGCCCGGAAAGGAAACCAAUUGUCAAAAGACUGCAAGUGAGAAACUGCUGCUGAAAAAAGAAACUCCCUUCGGGGGUCCAAACGAUUAACGAAACGACCCAGGGCUUUUGAGAGACGAGCGCACGUUGGCGAGAAGUUAGCGGGAGAACUCCGAGGAGACAAGCGGAAACCUCAAAAUGGCAGAAACAUGCUUGAAGUCUCUGAAAUACAUGCUGUUCGUGUUCAACUUACUAUUUUGGAUCAGCGGAUGUGCUAUCCUGGGAUUUGGUAUCUAUCUGCUGACCUUGAAUAACUUUGGGGCUUUGCUCUCCAGUCUGCCGUCUAUCUCCAUAGCCAACACUCUGAUCGUCGUGGGAACAGUCACCAUGGUGGUGGCUUUUCUGGGCUGCAUGGGAGCGAUCAAGGAAAACAAAUGCCUGCUACUGUCAUUCUUCAUAUUGCUCCUCCUGAUCCUUCUGAUUGAAGUGACAGUUGCCAUCAUCGUCUUCUUCUAUGAAAAUAAGAUAACCAGUUACAUUGAAAAUGACAUGAAACUGGGUCUGAAGAAAGAAAAUAACACUGGAAUUGUCGAAGCUUGGAAUAAAAUCCAGGAACAGCUGAAGUGUUGUGGUGUUGCUAACUACACUGACUGGGGAAACUCUGUCCCCAGCUCAUGCUGCAAAGACGAACUGAAACCUUGCAACUCUCCAAGCUAUUUCUCAAAGGGAUGCUACAGCAUGAUCCGAGAAUGGUUUGACGCCAACUUUUUAUUUAUUGGUAUCGUCAUCAUCUGUGUUUCAAUUAUCCAGGUACUCGGUAUGUCAUUUGCCAUGACCAUGUACUGCCAGAUCUGUCACAACUACAAGUCCUAUGAAAAUUGAUCCGAUUCCACAGGUCUGGUAGAGGAAAGCCCAUCUUGUGGGAUUGUAAAUGUAUCUGCAAUCACAGGCUCUGUUCUUCUGAAGAAUGGGGCUUUGCUCAUUUCUUGAUGCUAUUACCAGACGGUAUGAGUUUUAACUGUAUAAACCAGGUCUAUCUAGUUUGCCAAUGACUCAUCUCUGGUACAACUACAGUUCCUCUCAAGGCUCUCCUUUGGACUUCAGUCACACCUCUGCAAAGUAUCAAACUUUGUCUUAUCAUGUCUGUUUGUUGGGAAACUGUGGGAUUUAAUAAUCCUGCAUUGCACUAUUUGUCAGAGUAAUGGGCAGAGACUGUCUAUCUUGGCUGUUAUGUUUACCAAUUGAAAAACAGAACAAUUUCUAGAAUUGGACAGGAUAUCCUUCAUGGUAACAAGACCCGAGGAGACCAAGCCCUAGUAGUUAUGUCCCGCAUGAGCCUUCUUCCUCUCCCCUUAAUCUAACUCUAUUUCUUUCACCGUUACGUACCUACCUGGAUUUUUCUUUACAAUGUAUCCAUGCCAUUCAACUGCACGUUGAAGUAGCUAGUUCCAAAUUCUAAUCAUUCAUACCAGCAAAGGUGUUUUUCCUGAAUUCUGUUUUGAAUUUGGGAAUGAUUAUAGCUCCUAGUCCAGUCUUACCCACAACUGAAACACUUUCUCCAGGCCUGCCCUACCAAAUCCUGCCAUCACCUUAAACACAGCUCGGUCAUCUCUUAACCUUCUCCUUUUAAAGAACAGAAGCCUAACCCAAUCAAUCCUUCCUCAUCAAAACCUGCCCGUUCUGAUAUUAUUGUUGUCAAUCUCCACCUUCUCCAUGUACUUUCUGCACAUUAUCCUUUUGUUAAUAUGGAGACCUGAAAUGUUCUCAUCACACUUUAUUUGAUCUAACAAUAGUUUUAUACAAGCUUAAUAUAACGUUGUUUUUCAAUCUGCCAGAACUGGAUCUCAGGGUAUGGUUUGCAUAUUUAUUAACCAGUCUCACUACUUUUAAUGAUUUUUAUAGUCACUCCUUUAUUUAAAUGUUUAGUUUCCUUAGAUAAUAACAUUCCUCCCAAAAUGAAUUGUCUGCACUCCCCGAUGUUGAAUUGAAAUUCACUAGCCCUUCUUGAUGGUUUACGUCCCUGACAUUGGGGUGAUGAAUUCGCCACAUGACUGUCUUGUAAAUGAAAAUUAUUGCUUAGGGCAAGACAGAUAGACAGAGCUGUGACAACAAACUGAGAGGCUGGAUGGGUGCCACCAAUUGACUAUUGCAUUUGCCAAAGAUCACGACAACUUCUGGAGGAUCCUUACUUGCUGUGGGUGUUCUGUGGAGCUAAAAAUGACAAGAUAAAUUUCUGCCAUCCUUCAAUCUGGAGAUCAGUUGUGUGCAAGCGCUUUAUACAUUUCCAUCUGGCCUCAUACACACAGAUAAUGUCUUGUCCAAGGCCUGUGCAGAUUACUGGUUAGAACUCAACCAAAGCGCUCUAGACUGCAUGAGAAAACAUGAGGGACUUCCAAGAGUUCCACUAGUGAAAGAUUCUUCUCUUUGAAACCCAGGAGACAAAUUGUACAACCCUGAAAUUUCUUUGACUGGUUCCCUCGAAGGGUUAUUAAAAUCAUGGAGAUGGGAAAAGGGCUGGUUGAUGCAACGUGAAGUUGGAGAUUUUCUUUUUAUUCAUUCGGCGGUAUGGGCAUCGCUGGCUGGACUAGCCUUUAUUGCCUGUCCCUAGAAGCACUUGAGCAGAUAAUGGCGAGCUGCCUGCUUGAACUGCUGCAGUCUACGAGCUUUAGGUCAACCCACUAAGCUCUUAUUUGGGGAAUUUCAGGAUUUUGGAACCUAAUGGUAGAUCAGAAAGACGGCUCACCAGAGUUGGCAACUCUCGUCAAGGCAUCUUGAAAGCCUGAGAGUCUGCCACUUUUCUCUGGACAGUCUUGCAUAAACUUGUGUUUGCUGAUCCUUCAAACUUAACCUCAACUCAGUCGUUGAUAGCAGCAUUUUGAAAAUAGGUCUCGUUGGCUGAGUAUUGGAUAUUUUAACAUGAUAAAAGGUAUUCUCCCAGUGCAAUAUAACAAGGGGGAAAGUGAUACACUCAGUAAGCACCUGGAGAUACUGAAGCAUAAAGCUCCAACCAUAGUUUGUCUUGCAGCAGUAAAUUCAACAUAACUGAGAGUCAAUAGAGUGGAAAGGGCCAUGAUGUAACUUCCCAAAUCAACUACAAAUUUUCCGGUGUCAAAAUGUAAUUGAUAUUCAAUUUGUACAGUAGUAGUAGGAUUUUCUUUAAGGGACGGGAUAGCCUUUUCUAAGCACUGACUGUUCUUGCUUUGUCGAUAUAAAGAAACCCGGGCUUUGAAAUCUAAAAUAACCAGGAUACUCCAGAUUGUUAAGAAGAGUUGAGUUGUGAUUCCAAAUUCCCUUGGGGUCUGUAAAUGAUUGUUGAGAUGGUGUGACCACAGAGCCAGUGACAGUUUGUGGGCAUAUUGUAACCAUCUCAAUAGGGCUUUAGUAUUCAAAUACGGUUUCAGAAUAAUAUGUUUGAGACAUCUCAUUGACAUGUUAGAUCAAAUUGAGAAGAUAGUACUAUGAUAAUCAUGCAUUUAAAUAACUGAUUUCAAUUAAUUAUACAAGUAAGGCAAGAAGUGCUACAGAUAUUAGCUCAAAUGUUUGGAGAUCAAUGAUCAAUUAGGUCCUGAAAUGUCUGUUCCUUUGGUCUAUAUUUCUCCAUUCAAUGUAGAGAUCUCUUACGAGGCUACAUAUGGACAUGCUACAAUUCGUGACAAGAAUGGAGAUGAUGUAGUUCAUGUGCUUGUCAAUCAGAUGGACACUGCUGUAAAAUUUUAUGUGUGUAAUUGAUAUUUUGUAACUAUCCUUUAUUCACUGCAAUUUGUUGGUGAUAUCAUUUUGCUUUCAAAAAAAAGCAUUUCCUUGAUUUUCAGUCAUAUGUUUCUUCAUUGAGAUCCUUUUCAAAUAAACUAUAGACUGUUGGCUAUGAUUUACUCUUUAACCAACAGGCCCUUAAUGCCAAGUAAAUAAACUUUCUUUGCCAUAACAA